CCUGAGUUGACGCUCUCGUACAAUGUAAAUUGUGUAUAUUAUCGUACUAGUGAACAUUGCAAACAUGUAUAACAAAAAAUUGUGUGUUGCGGUUGUUGUAUUCUUAUCUUUUCAAGAAUGUACUGAAGGAAGGAAAUCAAGAAGGAAUCAAAGGCCCAAACCUGAAGAGAAUACGACACUUCAACCAAGCGUUGUUUCCUAUUCUACUUUUGGAUUUAAUGAUGUGGGAUCAUACGAUGGCUUUGUUCCUAGUUCACCAGACUAUGCAAAUUACCUUACCAAUAUUAACCAAGAAACAUCUACGAGAUUAUAUGCGCCGGCAUUCCCCACUGCGUUAGAUAAUAUAGAUACAAGUUCAGGCAGUAAUUAUGAUUCACAAUCAGAUGGACAGUAUUUUACUAGUCCUGACCUUGGUGGAAUUCAGUCUAGUAUAGUAGAAUAUCCAAAACAUAUGAACUUUUAUAGUACACCUUCUUUUGAUAGUGAUAAUCAAAAUAAAAAUAUUUUUUCUAAAGAUACUUUUGAACGUGACACAGUAGAAAAUAAUGCUCCCGUUUAUGGUACUAAACUUGGUUCGAAAAGUAAAAAAAUGUUGAACCGAUUUAAUGAGACUGAGUUUGACGUAUACAAUAGCGGAGUCAUAAAUCCGAGUGAUAUGUCGUCAAAUUUUAACUUUCCUCAUGGACAAGGAAUUUUUGAAGAUAAACCGUCUUUUGGUGAGUCUGCUAAUAAUUAUCAAAUUACUCCAAGCCAUGUAGGAGCACGUCCUAUUUAUCAGUCUGUUAAUAUAGAAGACAUUGUCAAACCAGAAUCCAGCAAUAGUCAUAGUUCAUUGAAAUUUCCGAAAGUAAUUGAUUUUACUAAAAUAAAUUACCCCACUAGUGUAGAAAACAAAUAUAAUUUUGCUUCAUUUAAUUCAAUGAAAAACAUUGAUAUGAAAAAGGAACAUGAAUAUAAACACGAUGAUCAAAUAAAUAAAUUUAAGAAUAAUGCCUCAACGCUUAAAGAUCCUCUAACCUUUACGAGGAACUAUGAAAAAAGUGCUGAAAAACAACUAUCUAAACCAUAUUUAAAUCAGGAAUAUUCUCAAAACUAUAUAAGUUCUUCUCCUAUGAAAACAAAUUUCAAAGACAUGAACUUAGAUCCAAGAGAUAAAAUUAAAUAUUCUAUGAACAAUUAUAGCAAUGAAGAUAAAACUUUAAAUCCUCAUAAGGGUUAUGAAUAUUCUACUAAUUAUAGUAAUACCAGUUUUAAAUAUGAAUAUGUCGAACCAAAAAAGCCAUUCACUAGUCAUUCAGAUGAAGUGGUUCCUGCAAGUAGUAACGUAAUAGAUUUAGCACAUUAUCAAUUUCCUGAGGUAGAUUAUACAAGUUUUAAAAAAAUACCGGAUAUUAAGUCUUCUUAUGAUGAUGACGAUUAUAGUAAUAUAUUAUUAAACAAAAAUAAAGUAAAGUCAACUGAAUACUUAAAUUCCUUUAAGAAUAUGCAUGGCUCUACUCCAAGUUCUACAACAAACUGGGGCAACAUUUUUAAAUCUACAGAUUACUCAUUUUCUAAGAACCAUUUACGAAAGCCUAUUCAUUCUGACGAUAUUACCAGUGACGUUGUCCAUAUACCUAAGAAACCUCACAGCACCAAAUAUAAUAACGGUAAAGACAUCGAUUAUACAUCUAGCGAUUUAUCUAAUUCUAAAAUUAGAACCUACAAUUCUAAAAUUAAACUGGGUAAUGAUUGGAAUUCAGACGUAUACAACCAUAGAUAUAAAACAGAAGAAGAUUUAUUGGGUCUUAGAAAUCACGAUACAUCGCAUCCUUCAUAUCUGCCAACAUAUAGACCUAGUGCAAACGACCUCUCCGAUGACAAAGAAUAUUAUAAAAAAUUGGUAGAGAAGUGGAGACAAUCGUACUGGAAGUCCAAAUUUAAAAAUUCAUAUCCAGAUUAUGAGAGCUAUUCUACAGAAGCAAAACCUGUUCACGUGCCUAUUCCGAAACCUUAUCCGAUAGAAGUACCUCAUCCGGUGAUAGUGCCGGUACCGCAGCCAUAUCCGGUUCGGGUUCCGGUACCUAAACCGGUUGCGGUGCCGGUUAUCCGAGAGCUCACCGUACCCAUUGAAAAACCUGUGCCUUACCCGGUCAUCAAAAAGGUUCCAUAUCCCGUAGAGAAGCCCGUUCCCGUGCCAGUUGAAAAGGAGGUAACGGUUCCAGUAAUGCAACCAUAUCCUGUCCAUAUUCCACAUGUCAGACCCGUGUUCCAUCAUACAAGGCCGCGUGAAGAAUUUGAAUCUGAUAUACCUAUUGACGAUGAUGACGAUUAUUUCCCUCGCCCAGAAGGCAGCAAAAAGCAAAAUUCAUACAAGAAAAGACCGAGGAGCACGCGAACCAAAAUCCAUCGACCAACACGCACUGCUUACAGCACGUACAAGAAAAGGCCGAGACGCCCUGCAGACUUCCGCACCAGAAGGCCAUCUUCGACGCACGUCGACUUUCAUUAUUCAGUACCACAUAGACACAGUGAUUUUGAUCAAGAACAAUUUGACGAAACCAGUGAUUACUUCUCCUAUUGUAAAAGAACUGGAAAUUGCUAAUCUUAACCCCUUUAUGUUUUAAAGGGUCAAGUACUCAUCUAAACAAUUAUAAAUUUAAUUCAUUUCAUUAUAUCUUAAUUGGUUUUAUCGAUUAUAACUUAAUGAGUAUAUAAUUGGCUCGUGACGUCUGCGUCUGUCUUUAGUUUACAGUUUUUUGUUGUUAAUUAUGUUUUAAUUAAAUUAAUUUUCGUCUGUUCUUUGUGACGUUUACGUGCCAAUAUUUGAGUUUCUUUUUAUGAUUAGUAAAUAUUGCGCCAGGCAUUUAUACAUGAAACACUUCUUAAAUUAUAGCAUUUGUUGGUUGAUACUUUAUAGUUAUAAU